CUCAUGUGGAGCUUAUUUGAUAUCCUUGGACAUAUCACAUAACUUCGCUCUGAUUCACUGAUAUUGUAUCACGAAUAUUAUUGACUGUCCUUUCCAAUAUCUCUCUUCUUAUUUCAUUGACCAGGAAAGGCGCUCUUUGUGCCGCCUUAAAGCUCAGUCCCAGCCAACCUAUUCCUCAUCACAUCUGCCCAACCUCACAAUGUUACCAUUGGGUCUUCUGACGGCUGCGCAAGGCCAUCCCAUGCUUGUGGAGCUCAAGAACGGCGAGACACUGAACGGACAUCUUGCCAACUGCGAUAACUGGAUGAACUUAAUACUCAAGGAGGUUGUUCAGACUAGCCCCGAAGGCGACCGCUUCUUCAGAUUACCAGAGGUCUACGUGCGAGGAAACAAUAUCAAGUACUUGCGAAUCCCAGAGGAGAUCGUGGAGAUGGUCAAGGAACAGCAGCAAAACCAGCCACAGAAUCGCAACCGCGGUGGCCGUGAGGGCAGGAGCGACAGAGGCCGUGGUGGUGGCCGUGGCGGCCGGGGUCGCGGCCGGGGUCGUGGCGGCAGUUAGAUAUGGAUAUGAUAUUGCGUAUAACGAGACGAAGAGAGAGAACAAUCGAUACCCCGGGGAGAUCGAGCAUGUAAAUUGCUAGGAAGGACCGGUUGGUGGGUUUGUCGAGCAUGGCCUUGGCGUAUAUGGCUCGGUGGCACUUAUUUUUCAAUGGGAUUACUGCUCUUGAACAUGGUCGUUCAGUAGAUUCUGUCUGU